AUGUACAUUUAUAAAUCACAUGGAAUUGAAUGUGGUUUACAAUCAUCUUGUAAAGUUAAAAUCAUUCCAAUUACUAAAGCAAUUCCUACUCUCUCUUUAUUAAAAUUAAAAACUUCACUUUCUUCUCAGUAUUAUCCAUUAAUUCUUCACCAACUUAAAUCAACUCCUUUACAUCCUGAAAUUAAACCAAUAAUAUCAAUUAAUGGUGAUCCUCUAGAGCUUGAUAUUGAUAUUCAAGAACUUUGUUUUAUAAAUGAAGAUACAUUAAUACAAUCAACAUUACAUUCUCCAUAUCCAAUCUUUUACUCACAUAUAGUUCAAUCAAUUCUAUGUGCUUUAAAAGUAACACCUCCAAAUUCACUUGCAUUACGUUCUUUCAAUAUUUGUGGUCCAAGUGGAACGGGAAAAAGUGUACUUGUUCAUCAAAUUGCAGAACAAACUCAUCGUAAUUUGAUCGUUGAAUUUAAUGUGAAUGGUGAUAUUAAAGAAUGUUUACAACAUGAUAUCCAAACUGUUUUAUCUCAUCCACAUGACUCAGUCUUCUUAAUUGAUAAUAUUGAUCUUCUACCUAAUGAUUGUUAUAUUAUUUUACGUCAACUUGAUUUUAGUGAUGUUUUAUUAUUAACAACAUCAGUAACAAAAGUAAAAUAUCGAUUUGAUAGAAUUUAUAAUACUUCAGUUCCAUCACCCUCAGAAAGAGUUCAAUUAAUUCAUCAAUUAAUUCCUGACUUAGAUUGCACAGAGUUAAAUGAAAUGAUGUCAGGAUAUACUCACAAAGACAUUGCUACUGUUAUAUCACAAUCAGAUAAGUCUCUUUCAACAUUAAUUCCUCUUAUUAAGAAACAUCCUCCAAGUGGAUUAAGUGAAAUAACUUUAAAUAUUCCACAAGUUUCUUGGGACCAAAUAGGUGGUAAUGAAGAAAUUAAACAACGCCUUAAAGAAGCUGUUCAAUGGCCAUUAAGAUUUAAAGAACAAUUAGAUAAAUUUCAUGUUAGACCUACUCGUGGAAUACUUUUACAUGGACCACCAGGAAAUUCUAAGACCAUGCAAGCCAAAGCAUUAGCAUCAGAAGCUAAAUGUAAUUUUCUUGCUGUUAAAGGACCAGAAAUGUUAUCUAAGUAUGUUGGAGAAACUGAAGGUAAAAUUAAAGAAAUUUUCAUGAAAGCUAGACAAAAUGCACCAUGUGUUAUUUUCUUUGAUGAAAUAGAUGGUAUGCUUGGUGUUGCUAGUGAACGUGGAAAAGUAGGAUAUGGAGAUAGAAUGUUGAGCCAGUUCUUAGUUGAAAUGGAUGGUUUAAAAGAGACAAGAGUCUUAGUAUUAGCAGCUACAAAUAGACCAGACCUUUUAGAUGAAGCGUUAUUAAGACCAGGAAGAUUUGACAGAAUUUUAUAUGUUGGAUUACCUGAUUUGGAUACAAGAAAACAAAUAGUAAAGAUAUAUGCUAAUUCUGUUAAUAUUGAACUUUGGGCAAAUAAUUUUAAAGGUUAUUCAGGAGCUGAGAUAGCUGGUAUUUGUAGAGAAGCUGCAUUAGAAAGUUUAAGAAAUAAUAAAGAAAAUAUUGAUGAAACAAGUUUAAUGGCAGCUUGGAUGAAAUAUGGAUUACCUCAAACUCAACAAGAAGUUAUUAAUCUUCAUUUAGAUUUUCAAAAAACACAUAAGAUGCAAGGAUUCUAA